GAUGUUUGCGUUGACGUUUGUCGGGUGAUCUGACGUUUCGUUCGACUAACGUACGGUGUAACGCGUAACGAUCUGACGCGCGUGUUCGAUCCUUCGGCGCGUGUUUGCGAGUGCGUGUGUGUGCGUGCGUGCGUGAAAGUUCGUGACGAUCCUGCGGAGUGGCACCGGAGCGGGGCCACCCACCAUUUUCGACACCACGGACGCACGGAACGGCUCCAAAAUUCUCUCGCUACAGCAUCCCUACCACCAUCACCACCAUCCGAACGCCGGUAGCACGCUGGAGGGCAGAACGAUCGAGUACCGGCCCGGUGGCGGGCUGGACUACCACAACUCGCCCCUGAUGGCCGAGAUACCGACCGGCGACUACAGCCACAUCCACCGGUCGAUCGACCAGCUGCGCUCGAUGAACGAGCGGGGCGUCCUGGGGCAGCUGAACGCACUCCAGCAUGCGGCCGCCGCCGUCGGCAACUCCACCGACCUCCGGUCAGCCCUGGUGCACGACUACAAGCCCUACAUCAGCGACCUGCGCGCCAACCCCGUCAACGAUCGCCUGAUCGACUACGCCGUCGCCCCGAAGCACCAUCAUCACCAUCAGCAGCAGCAGCAACAACAGCAGCAGCAGCAACAUCAGCAGCAUCAGCAGCAACAGCAGCAGCAACAACACCAUCAGCAGCAGCAGCAACAGCAGCAACACCAUCAGCAGCCUCCGCCACAUAUGCUCGAUGAUCGAACGGGAAACAAUAACAACAACAAUAAUCAUGAGACGGACCCGCUCCGCCUGGUGGAGGACCACAAACCACCGCACUACAGUGCCCCAUCGACGCCUCCCACUCCACUGGCCAUCGUCGAGACGCAAAUGGCCGAGCCCGGCAAGAGACCCUACGGGACCAAAGGCCGGAAGAAGGUGAAUAAGCAGAUGUUCAGCUCGAAGGCCGAGCUGCAGCUGGCGAUGCGCGAAACCAAACCGUUCAAAUGCACCCAGUGCACGAAGGCGUUCGCCAACUCGAGCUACCUGUCGCAGCACACGCGGAUACAUCUCGGCAUCAAGCCGUACCGGUGCGAGAUCUGCCAGCGCAAGUUCACGCAGCUCUCGCACCUGCAGCAGCACAUCCGGACGCACACCGGCGACAAGCCGUACAAGUGCCGCCAUCCCGGCUGCCCGAAGGCGUUCUCGCAGCUCUCCAACCUGCAGUCCCACUCGCGGUGCCAUCAGACGGACAAACCGUUCAAGUGCAACUCGUGCUACAAGUGCUUCACCGACGAGGCCUCGCUGCUCGAGCACAUCCCCAAGCACAAGGACUCCAAGCACCUGAAGACGCACAUCUGCCAGCUGUGCGGCAAGUCGUACACGCAGGAAACCUACCUGGCCAAGCACAUGCAGAAGCACGCCGAGAAGGAGGAGAAGCGGCGCAACAAGGCGGCCGGUGGGGCGAACGCGUCGGCGGCCGCGGCCGCUGCUGCCGCCGCGGCGGCCUCCGCCAGUGGCAACGCCACCGGCAACAACAACAAUAACAACAGCAGCAGCAACGCGAACAACAACACGAACAACAGUAGCGGGGGCAGCCCGGGCCACAAUGGGGGUGCUGGGGCGGCGGCGGCAGCGGUGGCCGCUGUGGCCGAUGCGGCCGCAGUCGGGCUGGCGGGAUUGGCGGGGCUCGGCCUCACCAACCGGAUGGGCGGAAUGGUGGGCAACGCGGCGGCCGCGGCGCUGGUCGGCGGUGGCGACCAUCCGUACUGGCCCAAGGUGAGCCCGGACUCGGCGGCCGCUAGCUUGGCCGAGGCGAUGCAGCAACAACAGCAGCAGCAGCAGCAACAGCAGCAACAGUACGAUUUCAGCAAUAGCGGAGGAAACGGAGGCGGCGGCGGUGGCGGCAACGGGGGAGCGAACGGCAACAACGCCAACGAUCAACCACAUCAUCAUCGUAACUUGAACGGCGGCAGCAGCGGCGGCAGUUCCGGCAACUCCGCGGACGACGUCGGCGAGGACCUGGUGGUCAUCCGGCACAAUAACUCCCAGCAGCAGCAGCAGCAACAGCAGCACGUCAACAGUAACCAAUCGAACUCGAACUCGAACGGCGGCGGUGCGUCGAAUUCGGCCUUCACGCCCAUCAACGUGAUGCCACCGCAUCUGACCGGGCUGGCGGCGGCCCACCAGCACCACCAGCAGCAGCUGGCCCAGCGGCCCUCGUACCUGUACGACGCGAUCAACUUCCAGAACUCGCAGAAAGCGGCCGCACUCAAUCAGAAUGCGGCCGUAGCGGCGGCCGCCGCAGCGAACGGGUUCCCCAACCAGCUGAUCUCGCUGCACCAGAUACGGAAUUACGCGCACCAGCCCGGCGGUGGUGGUGGUGGCGGCGGCGGUGGUGGUGCCGGUGGACUGAUAACGGGCGAGCAUCUGCUGAUGGGAGGCGGCGGUAUCAUCGGGAAGGUGGAAAAAUAGUCUGAUGCUGCGGGUCGGCGUCGACGAUGACACAGCCGUCGUCUUCGUCGUCGUCGUUGUUCGAAGCGGAGGGUCAGGAUUUAAAACCCCCUGUGUCCCUCGUCCACCUUUCCGACAUCGGGGACGGAUGGUUGAUGUAAAAAGCAACAAACAAAACAAACAAAACAAACAAACAUACAAACAAAGGAGGAAAUUUAUGUAUCUCUGUUUACGAGGGCGACGCAGGCGAGUGGUAGUAGUAGGAAGUAGUAGGAAAAAUAGCGUGUCUAGCGGUAAAGUUGUCGUAGUUGUAGAGCAGUAGGUACACCGGGUAAGGUGCACACUCUCUCCUCCUUACAAAGCAAAGGAUGUCCUUACCUUCGAUUUUAAGUUCCCAUCCACGACGACGGUACACGACGCACUUUUCGCUGUACCUGCCACGGUCGUUGUGUAAUUAUUAUUAAUAUUAUUAUUAUCAUUACUAUUAGAAAGAUGAGCGCUCCAUCGGAGGACGGAAUAGAAAGCGAGUGAAACGAGAUAACAAAA